AUGGCGACAGCAGCAGAGCCCAUCCCACCCCGCCUCCACCCGCAGGAGAUCUCCUUCCCACUGCCCAAGGCUCUUCACACGACAGCACAUAUUCAUCUGACCUUGUUGGACACAUGUGCCAUGGUGUUUCUCGCUACGUCGACCCCGGGCGACUCAGCGGGGACAGUGAAGCCGAUGGGGAGUUUGAUCUACGCGAUGCCUGAUCUCAAAUCCCCCACCACACCCCUCUCAACAACAAUCUACUCCACCCCCAACAGCGUGGAAUACACCACCCGAGUCGCCAAGAUCCUCGCCCGCAGGCUGCGCAUCCCCGUCUACGUGGGGAGCAGCUUCGACCCGACCUCGCUGGGGCUUCAGGUCGAGGAGGAGAUGGAAGGGCUACGCCAGAUCGUGGAGGUGGUGGUGAAGCGGUGGGAGGAUGCGAGGCAGUGA